UGUGAAUUCUUUGUGCAGGUGCAAGGAAUGCACUCAGAUGUGGCUACAAUGCGGAAUACUAGCAUAUGGCGUGAAGCAUCCCGCAUUGUCUAUGAAGAAGGCUUCCGUGCGUUCUGGAAAGGAAAUCUUGUUACUAUCGCACACCGAUUGCCUUACUCUUCAAUUAGUUUCUAUGCGUAUGAGAGAUACAAGAAUUUGCUUCAGAUGCUGCCUGGUCUUGAGAAGAAUGGUGGAUUCGGUGCAGAUGUUGGUGUUAGAUUGCUAGGUGGCGGUUUAUCAGGAGUUACCGCAGCUUCUGUGACAUAUCCAUUGGACUUGGUGCGGACACGUCUCGCAGCUCAGACAAAUACUGCCUACUACAGGGGCAUAUCUCAUGCUCUUUUCGCGAUCUGCAGAGAUGAGGGUUUUAGGGGAUUGUACAAGGGUCUUGGUGCCACUUUACUGGGAGUGGGCCCGAGCAUUGCAGUAAGCUUCUCUGUAUAUGAAACUUUACGUUCCCAUUGGCAAAUAGAGAGGCCAUAUGAUUCCCCUGUCCUGAUCAGUUUGGCUUGUGGAAGUCUUUCGGGAAUUGCAUCAUCAACUUUUACAUUCCCGUUGGACCUUGUGAGACGCCGCAUGCAACUGGAAGGUGCAGGUGGGAGGGCUCGUGUCUACCACACUGGACUUUUUGGAACCUUUGGACAUAUUGUCCGCACGGAAGGUUUAAGGGGCCUGUAUAGAGGAAUUCUGCCUGAGUACUGCAAAGUGGUUCCUGGUGUUGGCAUCGUAUUUAUGACAUAUGAGAUGUUGAAGGCCAUCCUCACAGGACUGGAAUCAGAUGAUUAGAUCUCCGCUGUACUUUCACGCUCGACAAUUUUGAUAUAUGGUGGCAUAAUAACUUUUGAGGCUUAUUAGGGUGGGAGAAGUAUGAGUAUGUAGCAUAUGGUAGGAUUUAGAACAUGCUGAGUUUUGCAGUUCGUGUGACAUGGUUACAGGUUUUCUUGUAGUGCACCUUGAAAGAUGCCAUAGGCCUUCCAACUUUUUUACAACGUUUGUGUACCUUCAUGACUUUCACAUUGUGAUGAUACAUAAGGCAGUCUACCGCAUGACUACCUUCUUCGCACCUCCAAGAGAAGAUCUCCAAGUCUAUCAAUGUUAUGGCGAGGUUAUGGAUAGUAGUUGCAAGAGAACUGUGAAUAGCCUUUGGCAUUCAUUUAUCCUGAUAUGAAUUAUGGAUCUGUUUCCUGUAUACCGAAUUACCGAUAUUGUAUCUCAAUUUAAGGGAUGGGAGUAUGGGACAAUAACGAGAUGUGUUACACGAUACACAUUGUUGGAAAUGUUAGCGAAUGAUGUGUCUGGACUUCA